GAAUCUCUGCCAGAGCGCUGUCGGAGGAUAAUCGCGGGUGGCGAGUUUGUCAAUUUGGCACAAGAAAGAGACGCCAGAAAUCAUGUGUUGAUAAAUGUUUCUAACCUCUUCAAAUAUCAUUUCAAUUGAUGAGCCAUCUUAUUUAGCGUUUGUGACCCUUGCAUGAUCGACAAUGCGGUCGCCGGCUUGGUGCGUCGCCAGUGGGGCUCUCCUUCUCCUCCUCUGUAAGCUGAGGCUGAUUGACGGGGCCGGAAAAGAGCGGACCUGCACUGAGGGGGACUACUACUACGAGUACACAGAAUGCGACAGCUCCGGAUCUCGGUGGAGAGCAGCCAUCCCACACAACCCCGGAACCUGCAUCGGCCUACCAGAGCCGGUGCGCGGCACAGAGUGCACAUUUUCAUGCAAAGCCGGCGAGUUUCUGGAGAUGUCAGCUCAGGAGUGCACCCGAUGUGCAGCAGGAAGCUACUCCCUGGGCAGCGGCAUCCGGUUUGACCAAUGGGAUUCCAUGCCUGCGGGAUUCAGUAGCCUAGCAACCGCCCUGGAAAACAGUCCUCACAGAGAUGGCACCAUCACAUGCAACAGUUCUUCUUGGGUGCCUCAGGGAAGCUAUCUGGAGUCCAACAGGGAUGAAUGUACGGUCUCGCUGAUAUAUGCGGUCCAUCUGAAGAAGCAGGGAUCUGUCAGCUUUGAGUACCAGUACCCGGACAACAACCUGCUAUUUGAGUUCUUUAUACAGAAUGAUCAGUGUCAGGAGAUGGAUCAGACCGUGGACACCAAGUGGCUUAGGCUCAGCAAUCAAGGAGAGUGGGCGACACACACGGUGAACCUAAAGUCUGGCACCAACAUCAUGUAUUGGAGGACCGGUGGAGUUCUUAUGGGAGCAAAAGCGGUGAAACCUGUCUUGCUGAAAAAUAUCCAAAUAGAAGGGGUGGCUUAUACGUCGGAGUGUUUCCCUUGUAAGCCGGGGACAUUCAGCCGUGUCCCGGGCUCCUCCUCUUGCGAACCCUGCCCUCGGGACACCUACUCGGGUCACGGUGCAAGUUCCUGCACUUCCUGCAACACCACCACCCAAUAUGCAGAUGAGGGCUCAGGUGUUUGUAAGGACAAACCGCCAUGUUCCAAGAAGGACUAUUUCAACAUCCACACAGCUUGUGACAAUGAGGGCAAGACCCAGAUCAUAUAUAAAUGGAUCGAGCCAAAGAUCUGCCUUGAGAAUGUGACUGGAGCUGAAGAGCUGCCCCCUGGUGGCAAGCGUGAGCCCUGCCCUCCUUGCAACCCCGGUUUCUAUAACAACGAAACAGCCAUCUGCUCGCCCUGCCCACCAGGGACCUACUCAGAUGGCAUGAAACCAUGUCUGCAGUGCCCGGCGGGCACCGAGCCCACUUUGGGUUACGAGUACAAAUGGUGGAACGUUCUUCCUGCUAACAUGAAGACCUCCUGUUUCAACGUGGGUAACUCCAAAUGUGACGGCUUGAAUGGUUGGGAAGUGGCUGGCGAUCAUAUCCAGAGCGGCGCGGGAAGCUCAGAUAACGAUUACCUCAUCCUUAGCGUCCAUAUUCCUGGAUUCAAGCUCCCUACAUCGAUGUCUAGUCAGUCAGGGGCAGAAUUUGGCCGCAUUACAUUUGAGUUUGAGACUUUAUGCACCGCAGACUGUGAAUUCUACUUCAUGAUGGACAUUAACAGGAAGAGCACCACAGUGGUGGAGUCAUGGGAAAGGAGUAAAACAAGACAGACAUACACACACGUCCUGACAAAGAAUGCCUCUGUUUCCUACACAUGGGCUUUCCAGAGGACUAAUACGCCUUCAGAUGUUCGUCGCUACGUCAAUGAUGUGGCACGCAUUUACUCCAUCACGGUCAGCAACGCAGUGAACGGGGUGUCCUCCGAGUGUCGGGCCUGCGCCCUUAGCACUCAGCCGUCCAGCUCCGCCUGUGUGCCGUGUCCACCGGGUCACUACAUAGACCCACAUACCAGCCAGUGUACAGAGUGUCCUCGGAACACCUACCUCGUCUCACAGGCCACACCUGGUCCGGAAGCCUGCAAACCUUGUGGACCAGGCAGCCAGAGCAGCAAGGACCACCGUUUAUGUUACAGCGACUGUCACUUCACCCACACAGACGGCAACCUCACUCUGACCUUUGACUUCAGCUCACUUGGCUCAGUGGGAACACUGAUGAACGGGCCGAGCUUCACUUCCAAAGGAACCAAGUACUUCCACCUGUUCAAUAUCAGCUUGUGUGGAGGACAGGACCAGUUGGCCUUAUGCAAAGACAACGUGACGGACCUAUCCAUCAGCGAUUCUCAGAGCGAGAGAGGCGAAGGAGCUAACGCUGUCAAGACCUUCAUCUGUCAAUCAACAGUAAUACCAGCAAGUGGACGAGGCUUCAACACGGCACUCACCUCACAGUCCAUCAACCUGGCUGACACAUUCCUCGGCACAACAGUCGAAAAUACACAUGAAGGUAUUCGGGCAAGACCAGAGCUGUACCCCCAGACCUCCAAGAAAGUCCCAGAUGUCAACUUCUUCUUCCGGUCUUUGGAGCCCACCUCAUCUUGUGAAUCAGGUCGCAGCACGGUGGUGACAGUUCGCUGUAAUCCAGACAGAAGCACUAAAGGAGAACUCUCAGUGCCCAGUACAUGCCCUGCAGGAACCUGUGACGGCUGCACCUUUAAUUUCUUGUGGGAGAGCUCUGGUGCCUGUCCCACAUGCACGGAGCAGGACUACCAUCGUAUAGAGGGAGCCUGCAAGGGAGGACAACAGGACCUGUUGUAUGUGUGGACCGAGCCCAAGGUGUGUAUGGGAGGUGUGAACUUGCCUGAGAAGAAGACGGUGCCGUGCGAAGGAAUGGAGUUCUGGGUGCGGCUCGGUGCAGGACUGGGCGCGUUCACUGCGGUGCUCCUCGUCUCGCUCACCUGCUACUUCUGGAAGAAGAAUAAGCGGUUGGAAUAUAAGUACUCCCGCCUGGUGAUGUCUGCCAACAAGGAGUGCGAGAUGCCAGGAGCUGACAGCUGUGCCGUGAUGGAGGGAGAGAAUGAGGGGGACAUGGAAGACGAAGUCGUCUACUCGAAGCCGUCAUUGCUCGGCAAACUCAAAGCCAUAGCUUCCAAAGGAAAUGGAGAAAGCUAUGAAAACAUGCAGCUAAACUCGUCUCGUUCCAAAGCUUUGGUGUGGAGUUAAAUAAAUUGUGAGUCAGCCUCAGGAGAUUGAAGACCCCUUUAACCAUUUACCCCACCUUUUUUGAGCUUUUCUGGGUGUACACAUACACACACACACAUUUACAUACAUGGUGGCCUUAAAGCCGGGUACGAGCGAACAGUCCAACUCUGUGUGGCGCCAUAACAGACACUUCCUGUAAAUGUUGGAAGAGCUCAGGGUAAGACAGGGAGCUAUGUCGCAGCAUUUGGUUUGUAUUUAUUAUUAAGUUAGUUAAGAGGUGGGUGUUUUGUGUGUUCACCCCGCCCCCUGUGGCCAUACAAGUCCUAUUUCAUCAUCGGUGUGUUAUUUCUUGUUUAUUUUUUCAGUGAAAUCAUUGCGAUGAGGUUAACACAGUCUGAAAAUGAAGACAAUGGAGACAAGGUUGUGGUGUUGACUGUCAAUGUACUGCAAAUAAAUUAUGAAUUAUUUAUGUAUAA